GCACUUUUUCAGGCAACGAGUACCUCUCACUCGUUCAUCCAUCUUCCAUUUUUCCUCAUCGUCGUUGCCCAUUCACCUCUUCAUUCCUUUCCAACCACCACUGCCUCUACCAACAUGAAAUUGACUCUCCCCCUCGCUAUCACUGUCUCCCUACUCUCCUCAAUCGCAUUUGCUUCUCCUGCCCCUGUCGUCGUAGGCUCUACUACAGAAAGGCACCUCGCGCGCAACGACAAUUCCAUCCCUCACGAUGUUGCUCGAUCAAUCGCUGGUGCAUUCCAUGCCUCAGGGAUGAAUGCUGUGAAACGUCAGGAAGACGCCUCCAGUUCUGGAGACUCGUCCACUGAUGACGGCUCCGACGAUACAUCGGACGAUGAUGGCACUACCGACGAUGGAACUGCUGACAGUGGUACUACCGACGAUGGUACUACUGAUGAUGGUUCUGAUAGCUCUGACGGUACUACAACCGAUGAUGGCACCGAUGACGGUACUGAAGAUAGUACCACGACAGACGACGGGACAGAUGACAGCUCUGCUGCCGUUACCGAUACCGAUACCGAUACUGCUGUUGCUACCAAUACUGCUGCCGCUACUACUACUUCUGCCGCCAAUACUACUGCCUCUACUUCUACCCGCACAGGCCUCACCAACUACAACACCACUACUCGAAGUAGUACCGUCCCCGUUUCUACCACCAUGGCCGCUCAAACAACAGCUGCCGUGGCUUCGAGCGACUCCACCAGCGGCUCAGGCCGAGGUAUUUCUGUGCCCUCCGGCCUCAAUGUUAUACCCGUUCUGAGUUUCUUUAUCGCUAGCGGUCUUGGUGCCGCCCAUAUCUUCAUCUAGAAUCAUUUUCGUUAUCGUGUACCUCUUUAGACAACGAUUUGAUAUUCUACGGACAUUCAUGAUACAUUGAUCGCGUUAGAAUCCUCAGUGAAACAAAGCAAGACAACCCAUGUUUCUCCCUUUUGUAGUUCCUUAUGCAUUACGCCAUGUCGAG